GUGAUCAGCAGGCAUAAACAAAAUGGCUGCCCAUGUUAGCGAUGUUGUCAUUCAUUUGCAAAUAGUCCGCCGAUAUUUCUCUUGAAUCUACGCGAAAUGGGGACGGAGGAGGCAACAAGUUGCUGAUAGAGAUACCCUUGACACAUUUGAAGGGAAAGAAAGAAGCCGAUGAGAAGGCCUCUGGGGUCAACACAGCAGUGCGCCACGUGUGUGAGGGGGCAACAACUGACCAAUGGACCAGGAGGGGCAAGUGCACCCCAGGCCCCAGGCCGCAGUCGUGCCACAACGAGAGCGCAACCCUGAGGAACUUGUUGGCCUGACCAGAAUUAUGGGUAGUUUUGAGUUGUUUGAGGAGCCGGCCUUGCAGCCGAAUCCGUGCACCAGUACCACAACUAAAAGAGCCACGCGCGCCACAGGAGUGUAUUUUGAUGACGAUGGUGAUUCUCCUCUGACUCACUACAUUCAACAUGGAUCGUGGGCUGGCUCUGAUACAGUUGAUGGAAGUCCUCAGAGAUGCAGUGUGACAGUUCCUCGUCCUACGUCUAUAAAAGUCAAGACAAUCAAACGGAUCCAUGAAGGCAGUAUUCGAUUCCCUAAGAUAGAGGACUGUGCCCACUUCCACUAUGAGUAUGUGGACAUUGGUCAACUCCAGGUUGCUAUGGGGGAUGAAAGUCCAGACUCCCUCAAACACAACGGUAUCCCUGAGCCUCACAAGGACACUCUGUACCUGGUCUCCGUGGAGUGUCAGGGUAAGUCCUGGACUGUUCAGCACAGCUAUGAGGACUUCCGUUUCUUGGACAAACACCUGCACAGCUGUAUCUACGACAGGAAGUUCAGCCAGCUCACCGAGCUGCCCAAGGGCGAGGCCAUGAAGGAGAACAUACAGGCGGUCAAGCAGGUUCUGUCCAGGUACCUGGCUCGACUGUCCCAAAUCACCGGCAACCUGCUGAACUGUGGACCAGUUCUGAACUGGCUGGAGUUGGACAACAGAGGAAACCAUCUGAUUGCGCGAGAUGAGUGUGCCAUCAACGUCCCUGCUGUUGCUGCAGCGCAUGUCAUCAAAAGAUACGCUGCUCAGGCUUCCGACGAAAUUUCACUCGAGGUGGGAGAUAUUGUAUCAGUGAUUGACAUGCCGCCUACCCAUGAGACCUUAUGGUGGAGAGGGAAGAAAGGCUUUGAAGUUGGCUUCUUCCCCAGCCAGUGUGUGGAGGUGAUCAGUGACAAGGUUCCUCCCAGUUUUAAUGUGCCCACACGGAGGGCCAUCAAACCAGUGUCCAAGAAGCACGGUAAGCUGAUCACAUUCCUGCGGUCCUUCCUGGCGACACGACCGUCCCGCCGGCUGCUGCAGCAGACAGGGAUCCUGCGGGAGCGAGUGUUCGGCUGUGACCUGGGGGAGUACCUGCUGCGCUGUGGUGUGGAUGUCCCACCGGUGCUGGCCUGCUGUGCAGAGUUUAUAGAGAAGUACGGCAUCAUCGACGGCGUGUACCGACUGUCGGGCGUGGCGUCCAACAUCCACAAGCUGCGUGCAGAGUUUGACAUGGAGUCUGAGCCGGACCUGGCUAAGGACUGCUACAGGCAGGACAUCCACUGUGUCGGCUCCCUGCUCAAAAUGUACUUCCGCGAGCUGCCCAACCCACUGCUCACCUACCAGCUCUACAACAAGUUUGCUGAGGCUGUUGAAGACAGGGAGAACAAGCUGGUGAAGAUAUAUGAUGUGAUACAGCAGCUCCCCCCACCCCACUACAGGACCCUGAAGUACCUGAUGGAACACUUGUCCCAUGUGGCGACCUUCAGUGACAGGACAGGCAUGCAUUCCAAGAACCUGGCUAUUGUCUGGGCCCCCAACCUUCUCAGGUCGAAGGAGAUAGAGUCCGGAGCGGCUGCGCUGAUGGAGAUCCGUGUCCAGUCGGUGGUGAUCGAGUUCCUGAUUCACCACGUGGACCUGCUCUUCAGCAACAAGCUGGCAGGGACUCUGCUGGGAGCGCCGUCAGAAGAUGCCCUGAAACAAGCCCGCCGCCCCAAGUCUCUGGUGCUGUCCACGCCCACCAAGCUGCUGUCCCUGGAGGAGGCGCAGGCCCGUACCACCACAGGCUCCCUCCCCUCACAGGGAUUCAUAGAGGUGGGAGGGGGGCCUGCCAACCUCCCGCAGUACCAUGCCAUUAUUGACCUCCCAGAAGGACGCAGGAGGACAAACUCAGACAAGUACAACAAGAGUAAGAAAUCCCCCCGUGGCUGGAGGUCCAUCUUUGCCAAGGAGAACAAGGAGAAAGCUGUGACUGACGGUACGAGAAGGAAGGUGGAGAUAGAGAGGCUGGAUGCGCCCGAGCAGCGAGAGUCCAGACUGUUCCCGGCGCAGACAGACCGGGCCGGACUGUCGCCCUGCCGCAGCGAGGAGUCCAUCCCCUUUGCUCUGGGCAGUAUGCCACGGGAGGAGGCACCUGAACCGAAGAGUCUGCAGCCAGUGCGUAAACCUGUCCUCCCCGUGUCCACCAGCUCCUCCAGUAACGGCAUGCCCCCCUCCCCAGACUACCUGAAGAAGGCCACCUCCCACGACUCCUUCUUUGACCUCCCGCCGGCCACGCUGGCCACCAGCUCCAGUCCGGAGGAGGAGGAGUGUGACAGGAACCCUGAUGUGAGACCUGCUGAACACACCCAGACUCCAGAACACCAGACAGGAGAAGCAGGAGCCACACUCUACCCACCUCCCUGGAGAUGGACUAUUCCAAGGACCCAGCGUUGUCCCCUCAGAGUCCUCCCUUCAUCGACAUCAGCCCGGACUGUUUCCUGCCGUCCGAGGCGCAGCAUGGCAGUCCGUACUCUGGAUACAGGCUAGUGGAAGGUGGUCGUCCAACCGAGCAAGAAGACGUCAAGGCGGUGAAACUCAGGCACCCUUCCGCACCCAUCUCGAUAGCUUUAAGGCCCAAAGACAGAGACUCUCAGUCCUUGACAAACUACCCCGUGUCAAGGUCGCUUUCUCCCGUCCGAGAAGCCAAGCCUACAAGCGUCACACCACCUGGUACAGAGUUUGUCCCUCCGAAAAUGCUGAGAAGUGUAAGCGACUGCCCCGCCCAGCUGCUUAGCAGCCCAAGAAGGCAGUCCUUCCGAAAAUCCUUCACAGAGGGGCUCCCUGAAAACUAUAAGACAAGGGAACAAGAGGUGGAGUCUGACACGUAUGCUCCGUAUCCUGGAAGUGUUGCUCCUUCAAGAGCAGUUCCGCCACAGGGUUCUAAUGUAUCCAAUUCUAUGACCAGACAGAAAGACCAGGAUUUUCGGAAAAUUCCUCUAUCAGCGUUAAACACAAAUUCCAAUGCCUCCUCUUCCAUGAGACACUCCUACACCUCUACCCACAGACCAGAGACUGAGCACAGCAACAUUGUGUACGUGGAGGGGCGCUUUUACCAGGUCCACGGACGUAGCGUCAGCAUGCCUGUACCAAUGUGUCAAACUACAUUAACCACAUUUGCUCGUCAGGAAGGCGAGAGGCUCCCCCAAACUACAUCCCACCGCCCGUCCCACACAGACACUACUCCGCAAGCCCCACCCCCUCUCUAUCACACCAGGUCCCACCCAUAUCCACCCGACACGGCUGGUGACUACGAUAACCUGGUGUGUGAGAGACAGGAGUCGUCAGACCCAAGGACUUCUGGACAGAGUGACAGACAUGCCGUCCUGUCCACCUACGAUAACCUGGAUGGGUUCCCGUGGACGUCAGUCACAGUGCCUGACAGUGGUGUCUAUGGUCAGCACGCGACUGCACGCAGUGACGUCCCCCAAACUGUAACGGACAGCGAUGCCAGCACCCCCCAGACACUCACCCCUACAAACUGAUCACAACACAGCCUCAUAUGGCAACAUUUUCAGUUUUGUUGAACUGGUUGCCACUUUGUUACUAACAAAGGAAACACAUAGCAAUUCUUGUACUGUGUGCGUGAAUGUUCAAUGGAUGACAACCAAUGCCUUUGAGCAAAUGUAGGAGGCAACUGUGUUUUUCAUCACGCAAAAGAGAUUUCUUUUUUUACAGACCAGAAUGGUUCAACUUUAUUUGUUAUGGCAGUCUUCUGAGUGACAGGAUGUUAUUAUUAUUAUGCAUUCUUUAUUUUGACUGUCAGUUUGCAAAGCAAUUAUUAAGCCAGUAGCGUCUAAGGUCAGGCUUUGGAGCUCAUUUAAAAACCAGCCUUUCUGUAGAAAUAAGGAAAGGCAGACCAACCAUACCUAGCUGAUGUGUAGCAAAGUAUGAUGUCACCUACAACAUUUAUUAUCCAUUCCACAAGUGAAGCUGUAAAUAGUAAGAGCCUGAGAUGAUGAGAAAGCUCUUCACCAUUUGUGGAGAAGAAAAAUUCUGUGGAAACAUCUACAAAGAACUGGAAACUAACUACUUGCAUGUGAAGAAGAUUUAUCUUUCUUUGUGUCAUGAGAAUUCACAAAAAGUUGAUGAUAUAAAGUUUUCUCAGUAGUAUGUAAAUGUAGUAAAACACUUUGGUCAUUGGUGGCCAGUCUUUGUUCAUGACAUGAGAAAAUUUUGAUACUGAAUCUUACAAAAAUGUUUGAAUUUGCCCUACUAUACAACAAUUGUACAUAAGGUUGGAGAGUAAAUAUUAUGUACAUGUAUGAAUCUUUGUUGCAGCGAUGUGGAAUGCUUGUAAGCAACAGAAAGUGAGAAACUUGCUGUUAUGUGCGUGUAUCUGUAGGAUUUAGCCUGGGUUUAUCCUUUGUAGUUACUGCUGGCUGUACCUUUUUGCUUGCUACCAUGGGGACUGGACUUGUUAAUAGAGAUAACAGGUCAACUUUACAUGUUUGUUCAGAUUUUGAAGGAGCUCAGUGAUUGGUCCCAUUCAUCUACACCCUCUUGCUGGAGGGCUUAUGUCUGAUACAGAAAUGAACACUGGGGCGCGUUCAAUUGACAAAGCUUGAUCAUCUGUUGUUGCUGAACUGGAUGGAAUUUUGGAGCUAACAUGGGAACAGAAAAAUGCUCUAAAAGCCAUUGGUAGCAAAAAGGGAGAGCCAGUGGAAACUAUGGAGGAUACAUAUACCCACACUAUGUAGGUCUCCCUGGACCUGGGCAAUAUGGCCUGCUAAUAUGUGAUAGUUUCUGUACUCUUUAGAAAAAUCAAAGUGUUGUAAUUUUAUGACUUUGUUUCAUGUUAGUGUAACCUUUUUAUUUGGCUUAUUUCAACCAAGCCUAAAAGUUUAUGGGUUUGUACAUGUAGAGGGCCUUGUACCAAUCUAAUAGCAAGGAACACAUCUUACAAGAUCUCAUACCAGUCCAGUACAAUGGAAUACAUGUACGUUCAGGGUUUCAUACCAGUCUAAUAGCAAUUUGACUACAUGUACCUUAUAUCGUGAACACCUUGCUGGUGCAAGCCUCAAGACCCAACCACUUUGGUAAGUCCCUAGACAUAAAUUAGGUCAGAAUAGAGGACUAAAGUAGAAUUUCAAAUUACCGGUAACGUUAAGACUUCUAAGUAAGCCAUGUUAAUGUAGUAGCUGUUGUUUCCACACAUUGCCAUCACACAUGCAUACCUAUUUGAUGCAUCUUGUUUAUUGAAUUUCGGUUUCCCCAAUCAUCUGGAGGUUGAUGAUGCUCUUAAAACAAGAUUUUGAUUUUCUUGUGUGUGGCAUUAGGUGGAUAACCAUCUAACACAAUAUUGUUGAGAUCAGAAACUGGGAAUCAGUAUUACCUUUCCAUGAGAAGAAAAAGAGGAAGCAAUGAAAUUUUGUACCUCACAUCCUAAGUCAGACUGUGCCAACAAAACAUGCUAGAGAAUUCUUCAUCGUCUUAAGGUUUCUAUAAGGAACAAAAGAUUGUAAGUAUAUGUAGAAUCUUUUUGUGUGCAGAAAUUACAUACCAUGCCCUGAACUACAAUGUUA